AUGUCGGUCCAACCUUUGCGUACCCUGGUGCGCCGACUGAGGGCGGCAGCGGCUGCUGAUGACGAGCAGUUGGAUGCAGCGAUUGCUGCCAUGCCUGCUGCUGAGGCCCUGCGUCUCUACUACCACUUUCGGGACCACGUUCAGCAGGCACACAUGGAGUAUGAGACGGAAGGCUCCAGCGAGUAUGACCUGCCUGCUUGUCCUGUCGCUGGAGCCCUGCACCUGCCCACUCAGGACGUCCAUACUGAUCUUCUUGGUCUGGUUCCUGACCUUCUGGUGCCACUUCUGCCUCUGGCCGGCCAGCUUCUGUUGUUGCUGGCCCUGCGGCUGCGUCUGUUGCUCCGGCUGGGGCUGCUGCUGAGGUGGCUUCCGCCGUUGGUGCUGGUCCGGGCACUUCUGACCAAGGUGCUGGCACUGUGGUCGAUGACGGUGGCUCUGUGGCUGUGGGGCCAUCUAGUGAGCCUUCGGCCCACUCUUCGCCUGAGCUUAUCCCUGCCUCACCUGAGGACGCUGGCCCUGACGCUGCUCCUGACGUCGCUGGGGCGGUUGCAGCUGGGUCUGAUGCCUGAGGUGCCUUCCGAGCCCAGCAGUGAGGCCGGAGAUGUGGCGCCGUGGUGGUCGGCAACUUCGGUUGUUGACUUGAACGCCAUGGACGGCAUGGAUGAUGGUGUGGCUCCGGCUGUGCCUGUUGAGCUUUUGGUUUCUGAGGACACCGCCGUCGACGACCCCCCGCUGGCUCCUCCUUCUGAUCCACCGGGCUUGGGCGCUGGAGCUCCAGCCUUUGCCACGCCGACUGUGGCUGCGCCUCCGCCGUCUUUGCCGACGGCCCCUGCUGCGUCUGCUACUGAUCCUUGGGCAGGGUAUCAGGGACUAGCUGUGAGUGCUGGUCCCGCAACUGGUGGCAAUCAUGCCCGGCUUCGUAUGACUGGUACGGCGAAUUGCCCGUACGUGCUCGCCUGUGACGUGCGUGCGGGAAUUCCGCUUGACCCUGCUGAUCUGCAGCGCCACGGGCACAGUCUCACAGGCUGGUGCGCGACAGCAUGUUGGGGCGACUGCGGGCAUGCCUGCAGUCGCCCCGUUUCAGACUCGGCGCGACGGCCGCAUAGUCUCCUGCGGGGCCUUUGGUGCGCCUUGGCAGUCUGUGGCCUGCGAGGUGGGCUGACCACUUGUGUGCGAAGUCCAUUGGUGGCCUUGGGCAGGUCUUACUUCCUGUUCCAGGCCGGGCUUGUGCCGGUGGUUGCCGGCUUUGCUCACUUGAGCUUGCCUGACUUGUGUCCUGGCAGGUCUCUGGAUCUGGUGCUGCUGGGUCUGAGCCGUGCCUCUGACUCUGCUUCUGCACCUGUGUCUGUGAUGGCGAGUGUGGCCGACAGUGCCGUGACGUUCGCCAGCAAAGCUCGUCAAUACGGGCUGAGCCAGGGGGUCAGGCUUAAAGCAGCCAAAGAUAAGCACCUGGGACCUGGUGCCUCUGAGGGUGCCGUCGCGGCCUUUUCGCGACUCCUCUUUGAGGCCGGGACUUUCGUCGUCGCCGAGCUCAGGAGUUCGGUGGCCAGUGAAGACGAUGGCUCCAAGAAACUUACCUCUCAGGAGCGCACCAGUCGCAUGGAUGCAUUGCGUUCCAAACUAGGAGCGUGGCCUAUCACUGGCUCAUUCGAGCCGAGCCAUGUUCCUAUUGAUGCCGCUUUUGGGAUGGUCGCUGAUAGCUCUGUGCGCUACUUGCCACCUAGCAAGUGCAGUUCCCGUGAACAGGAAAUUCUUUCAGAACGGCGUGACGACACGUUGUUUCGCCUUGAGGCCACUGCCCUGAAAGCUGCCAAAAAGCCUGUUCUGCCUAAGGUUGACCUUGGCAAUGAACUGAGGUUGUAUCAGGCACUUAGCAGGAGAGGUGUUGCACUGGAGGUCGCUGGCGUCUGUUCUUUUGCUGUGCAUGAGAACUACGUGCGUGGCUUGCUGGACCACCUGCAGCGCAUGCCGCCGCCUGGGUACUCUGCUCCUGGCAUUGAUGCCGUGUUGGCGGCUGAUCGUGCUGUCUGGCAACAGGUUGCUGCUCAGGUUCCCUGCUUGCCUGCUGUGGACAUUGUUGCUGCUAAGGUCGAUGCUGCCUUGCUUGCUGCCGCUGGGGCUCCUGCUGUUGCUUUUCAUGUCAUGCCGCGUGAGAAGAAGCGGGCACUUGAUGAUCCCGCCAAGCCUCCGGGCAAGACGGGCAAGGGCGAUGGCAAGGAUAACCGUCCUGGCAAAGGCAAGGAUAAAGGCGGCCGGGGAAAGGGGGGCAAGACCCCCGGUGGUGGCAAGCCCGGCUCUCCUGCAAAACAGACUGCUGUGCCGGCUGCCCUCAAAGGUCUGGACCCUAACAAAGAUGGCACUCCUUUGCGCUUUGAUCGCAACUUGGCUCACGGCUGCAAGCGUGAGACCUGGCAGACUCCGGUUGGGGCGUUUGGUGUCGCCGAGGUUGCUUCUUCCUCUGUGGAUUGUCUCCUGGAGGUGCUGCCCUCUGGCACUGUUCCUGGGACACCUGUGUCCUCGCCUCAGAGCUUUGUGCCCACCUCUGCCGUGACUGUUGUGGCUGCGCCGGCUGUUCCUGCCGCUGGGGCUGCCCCUGUUGCGACAAAUGCUGAUACAAAUUCUCCGACAACCAUUUCUCCUUUUAAUUUGCCGGCUGCUGAUGAGCCGCCUCCUGCUGAGGUGUGCCCACCUGAUGUGCCCGCUUUUUCAAGUGUGAGGGAUUUUUCUUCUUUUCUUCCCGGGCCUUCUGCUGCCAGCCAUCCUGAUGUUGGCACGGCUCGUGCCUGUGUUGCUGUGGAGAUCUUUGCUGGGUCCUGCAGGCUCAGCAAGUGCCUGAAGGCAUCAGGCUUUGAGACCGUCGCCGUUGAUGUGAAGGACGCUGCCGGCCACAAAGUGCUUAAGCUUGAUUUGCUCUCCGCUGCAGGUUUGGCUGUGUUGUGGGAGAUUCUGUGCUCAGGUCAGGUGUUGUAUGUGCACAUGGCGCCACCCUGCAGCACUGCUUCUGCUGCUCGCUUCAUCCCAGGUGGGCCCCGGCCUUUGCGUGAUGCUCGGCAUCCUGAUGGCCUCAGUGGUUUGAGCUUCUCCCAGCGUUUUCUGGUUCACAACGCAAACAGGCUUUAUGCGCUGUGCAGGGACGUUGCGACUGACACAGCGCAACAUUGGCUGGAGCAUUGA